UGUGCUGCUGGGUGUCCAUGGCCCGCACCCCCAAGCUGCCACUGCUGCAGUCGGAGUGGCAGCCGGAGGCUCGGUCCAUGCAGUGCCUUCUGGACAGUGUUGGUGAGGCAGAGCAAGAGACCUCUGCAUCUUGACACCUAGGAGAUCAGGGAAGGAGUCUCACCUGGGGGAGGACCAUGUUGCGCCGCAAGCCCUCUAAUGCCAGCGAGAAGGAACCCACUCAGAAGAAAAAGCUUUCCCUUCAGCGCUCCAGCAGCUUCAAGGAUUUUGCCAAAUCCAAACCCAGCUCCCCUGUGGUGAGCGAGAAGGAAUUUAAUCUGGAAGAUAAUAUUCCAGAAGAUGACUCCGGUGUCCCCAUCCCAGAGGAUGCUGGGAAGAGUGGCAAAAAGCUGGGGAAGAAGUGGAGGGCAGUGAUUUCCCGAACCAUGAACAGGAAGAUGGGCAAGAUGAUGGUGAAGGCCUUAUCAGAGGAGAUGGGAGACACGCUGGAAGAGGGCUCAGCCUCCCCUACAUCUCCAGACUGCAUCCUGGACAGUCCUGGCCCUGAGAAGAUGGCUUUGGCCUUUUCUGAGCAGGAAGAACGUGAACUCCCAGUGCUCAGCCGCCAGACAUCAACGAGCAGCGAGCUCUGCAGCCCCAGCCCUGGCUCUGGCAGCUUCGGGGAGGAACCAUCUGCCUCCCAGUACACAGGGCCCUUCUGUGGUCGGGCACGAGUCCACACCGACUUCACUCCCAGCCCCUAUGACCACGACUCACUGAAACUGCAGAAAGGAGAUGUGAUCCAGAUCAUUGAAAAACCACCUGUGGGCACAUGGCUGGGCCUGCUCAAUGGCAAGCUGGGCUCUUUCAAAUUCAUCUACGUGGAUGUACUGCCAGAGGAGGCUGUGGGGCCUGCCCGCCCCAGCCGCCGACAGAGCAAGGGCAAGAGGCCCAAACCUAAGACUCUGCAUGAGCUGCUGGAGCGCAUUGGCCUGGAGGAGCACACAUCCACCCUGCUGCUCAAUGGCUACCAGACACUGGAGGACUUCAAGGAGCUGCGGGAGACACACCUCAAUGAGCUGAACAUCAUGGACCCACAGCACCGGGCCAAGCUGCUCACAGCUGCAGAGCUGCUGUUGGACUAUGACACUGGCAGUGAGGAGGCAGAAGAGGGCGCCGAGAGCAGCCAGGAACCAGUGGUGCAUACAGUGUCAGAACCCAAGGUGGAUAUCCCACGGGACUCUGGCUGCUUUGAGGGCUCAGAGAGUGGGCGCGAUGAGGCAGAGCUGGCAGGCACUGAGGAACAGCUGCACAGCCUCUCCCUCACCGGGGCACCUUGAGGUGGAGGUGGCACAGGCCAAGGCUGGGCCUGAGCUGCAAAGGCCACAGAGAUGGACCCAGCCUCCUAUAUGACCUGGGCCCAGAGGACUGGUGCCCAGCCUGGCCCUGCUUCCCCAGUCAAAGGCCUGGCCAGGACGCUACAGGAUCAACUGGAGUGGAUAUGGAGCUGCCUAGAGGCAAAUCCCUUCUGCCAGCCUCCCUCCCUCCACCAGCGACUGACAGCACAGCCCCUCCUGGUACCACCCCCCCCAUCAACAGCAAACAGGGCACUAAGGGACCUGCCAAUAUCCCUAACCACCAAGGCCCCUAAACCCACCUCAUCCGCACACCAUCCAUCUUUGUUACGCUGCUCCUAAAAAGGGCACCAAGUCAGAGUUUCAGAAGUCUCAAACUCCUAGAGAAGUCGACUGUUUCAAAGGACCCUAGUUGAUCACAGAUGAAUCCAGAGGUUCCUAAAUAAGUUUUGAAGAAAGCUGCAAGUAUCAUUUCUACUUCCCUUCUCCCUAACCUUCAUAGCGGUUUGGUGGCUAAAUCAGUAUGAGUCUUUUUUAUUUGUUCUACUAUCUACAUGAUAGUAGAAUGUAUUUGGACAUAUUAUACAUAUAUGGAGUAUAACUUCUCAUUCUUCUGGUUGUACAUGAUGUAGAAUUACAUUGAUUGUGUAAUCAUAUAUUCACAUAGGAUAGUAAUGUCCAGUUCAUUCCACUGUCUUUCCUAUUCUCAUCCCCUCCCUUCCCUUCUUUCCCCUUUGUCUAAUCCAAUGAACUUCUAUUCGUCCCCUCCCCACCCCACCCCCUCAUUGUGAAUUAGCAUCACAUAUCAGAGAAAACACUUGGCCUUUGUUUUUUUGGGGGGAUUGGCUUAUUUCACUUACUAGACAAAGGCACCACAAACAUACACUGGAGGAAAGAUAGCCUCUUCAACAAAGGUUCUGGGAAAACUAGAAAUCCACAUGUAGCAAAAUGAAAUUAAAUCCCUAUCUCUCACCCUGCACAAAACUCAACUAAAAGUGGAUCAAGGACUUAGACAUUAGAACAGAGACCCUGAGCCUAAUAGAAGAAAAAGCAGACCCAAAUCACUAUGAGUCUUGAACCAAGUGCCUCCUCUCUCCAAGCUUAUGAUUGAUCAGGGUUAGAAUGAGUAGUCACUGAGGACCUUAAAAACUCUGACAUUCAGUGACUUUAAAUAUCUGAUCUCCUGCUACCUGUGGCCCAGGACACAGUGGAGCUUACCAAGGGGGUUGGAGGGGUCCUGGGGCUUUCAAAUGAAAUCUCCUACUCAUCCACUUUAUACCUUCCCAUGGGACUCAGGCUGAGCUUCAACUUCAUCCAGCUUAGUCCAUACCUCAUACAGUAUGUGUCCCCCUUCUGUUCUUGACCUCCUCAAAGAGAUUUCCCACAAGGCUGAUGGCAGGUGGUCAUAUCUGACUUCCAAGGGCAAAACUGCCCCCUCAGAAGCCAGAUGCAAAACUCGGUGUACACACCUGUAGUCCCAGCAACUCAAGAGGCUGAGGCAGGAGGAUCACAAAUUUGAGGUCAGCCUAGGAAACUUAGCUAGACCCUGUCUCAAAAUAAAAAAUAAAAAGGGCUGAGAAUGUAGCUCAGUGGUAGAGAGCCCAUGGGCUCACUUUCCAGCACCAAGAAAAAAAGAAAGAAAAAGAAAAAGCAGCAGCAGCCAGUGCAGGUCUGGGUCCAGACUUGGCCACUUGUAUGGGUCCUUCCAAGCAAAGAAAGCACUAAGCUUGACACUGGGAAGUCCACUGUCCCUACAUUGCUUCACUAAUGAUUUUGGUGUGCUCUGAGCCCCAGAAAGUGAUAAAAGUAUGUUGUUGGGGGCCUCCCUUGUCCCCAGUAGCAAAUCUAUGCCUUGAGUCUCACAGAAUAGCCCAUUCCUGGUGCAAGUCAAACGGUGCCCACUACAUCUAGGACUGCCUGCUUAGUGGACGCAUUUCUUGACCUACUUCCAGGAACUUUGGCAAAAGUUAGCUUUGGGGAAGGGGUUAUGUAUAGAUUUGAGGGGAUAGACAGAAGCAAUUUGGUAGCAAUAAAUGUCGGUCAAACUAAA